AGCUAUAGCAUUAAACGUUUGUUGAGGCAACUCUUCAAACAACAACAGAAAUCAGAGCAGCAGAAGCAGCAACAAGAACUUAUUGAAAAUUUCGAAAACACCAACAAAGCUAACUCUUUGGAGUCGCUCGAAUCAUUGGAGAAUUCCCGCAAUGCCGAUUUGGAGUCCGAAGCUGAGUGCAUCUCUCUCGAAUCGUCUGAGAAUGAUGCCAAUGAACGUUUGGCUGCCUCCUGUGAAUUGGAAGAUUACGAAUUUGCCGAUAUCAGCAGCGUGCCAGUACAUUUUCUACGCACUGCCCAUGGCACUUUCUUCUGGACUGCCAACAACGAUUUGCCAGCCGAUAACGAUUUGAUUGAACCAUUGUACUGCAGCACUGGCAAUCAGAUCGCCACCACACAAAUGCAAGAUCGUUGGGCACAAGCUUGAGUGGGCAGCGCGCAAAAGAGAGAGAGAAAGUGAAAGUGGUGUAAUGAUGCGCAACUAAUGUCUUCCAGAUCAGCCGAACUGAUGUCUUCCAGGGCGCCAUGAGACUGUGGGCCAUGCUGAAACGCAAAGCUUUAUUUGUUUGUGAUAUUUUGUUUGAAAAGAAAAUAAUAUUUACAAGUAUUUUUACAAGAGAAUUAAUUAUAUAAUAUAGAAAACAAA